GCUGCCUUGCUUACUUGACUGACUGGUAAAUAAGUCUUGUAAAGUUUUUAUUUCGUUAUUAGGUAUUCUGUCUGUAAUAGUUAGUUUAUUACCUAGGUAUGAGGUGUCUUGUUUUCUAUGCAUACGUAUGGACAUAUAGAUAAAUAAGAUAAUAGCAAUAAUUCUCAGACUGACGAAAAAUUGUUUAUUAUUGUUUUGUAUUGCGUAAAAAUCAAACUAUUUAUAGGUUAGAUCUACCUGGUUGUUUAUUCUGCAACGCGACUGUUUCUGUUGAUAGCAUGCAAGAUGUUUAUUGAGAGAUCAUUGUAGACUGUAUAAGGCCCGUGUUAAAAACUGGGCACAUGGGAUAUUUUCCUAUCAUGAGACAGGAAAAAACUUCUGUGUAAUAAACAAGAAGGUAUUACACAAUGUAUAAACAAAAUGAUACCAGCAUCAGAAUUGCUAAUGAAGAUAUGGUGGUAUGUCAUUUAUAUUCUACUUCUGAUAUAUCAACUAUUACAGUUUGGGAAGAUUUGUGUACAAAAAUAAAUGAUGUCAUUGAAAAACUUGCCACUGGUUAUAUAUGGCAUAGAGAUGAAUUCAAUUUCAGUAUUCCUAUUCAGGAUUAUGAAUUUGAUGGUACUCCUACACAUCUGGUCUCGUCUACAUAUUUUGGUGAUAAUAUUGAAGAUGAAUGGUUCAUUGUGUAUAUUGUAUUUGAAAUAACAAAACUGUUUGACGACGUAAUUAUUCAAAUUCACGACAGUGAUGGUGAAUUUCUUCUGAUAGAAGCAGCAGAUUGUUUACCUACAUGGGCAAAUCCAGAAAGUACAGAAAAUCGGGUAUACAUUUACAAAAAUCAUGUUCACCUAAUCCCAAAAUCAGUUAAUGUGUCGCCUGAAUUAACCGUAGAAGAAGCUAUUGAUAUUAUUAAAAGUAAAUAUCAAAAAACUCAAGCAACAUCUGAUAUUCAAAACGCUAUUCGAGGACGUAUUACUGGAUAUCCAGAAAAAAUCGCAGACAGCACACAUAGGGGUAUUGUUAUGUUACCUGUUGAUAUAGCUGCAUUGCUGUCUUUCAAGCCGUCUUUGAUAGCUCCACUUGUAACCACAUAUUGUAAUCAUGAUUCUAUAGACAUUAAAUCUUGCAAGGACGUAAACUUUCAGAACUGUAUUGAUGUUGAUGUUAAAUUUACAAAGUGUUUGUAUGCAAUGCUGAUGCAUUCAAAAAUGAUUCGUAGUUCGAAGAACAAAAUAAAUGAAAAUGACAAAAAGUCCUGCCUUGGAUUCAAAUUGACUAGUGCAUACUAUAUGAUAAUGAACAAUUCAAAGGAUGUGUUUUCUUCUAAAGAAUUUCAUAAGUUUUUAAAUUGUUUAAAAGUCAACGGAUACUUUAAAGAUAAUCUAGAAGGAUCUAAAGAUUACAAAAUAUUAUUUGAAAAUGCGAAGGACUAUUUCUUGCGUACGGAAUGUCCAAUCAAUUCUUAUGUGGCUAACGUUAUAGCAAAUCUAACAUCUAGUCAUGAUUUUUCUGUUUUAAAAGAAAAAAUGAUGCGUAAUACAGACACAGACCUUAUAGGUGAUAAUGACGACUGGUUGAAUAUCCAUCCCGAUCAUUUGAAUGAUCUUUUAAAUACUCGCUAUGGCAAAACAGAGAAAUUUAAAGGCAAAGAUGUUAUUACCCCACAUUCCAUUAGUUCCAAAUUAUCUGAAUUUCUCAAACAGACAUCUGAUUUUGAAGGAAUUGAACAAUCGGAAGUUAAAGCAGAAAGGGUACAGUUUGACCCAGACGAUUUUGUUAAUUCUUUAGAAAAGAUGUUAAGUCUUCUAUCAUCAGGGGGCAAUGUAGGUGAAGCUAGCACAAGUGAUAGUGAAGGUGACUAUGAUCUGUCAGAUGAUGAAAUAUCGGAAGAAAUAAAACGAGAGCUUGAAAAUGAGGUAAUAAAUUUUGAGGAUGGUAAACACGACUCAAUUCUCAACAAUAUUGUGAAGAGUAUGAAAGAAGAGCAAGCAUCAACAGGACCUUCCAGCAAUGUGCUCAAAUCUAUCGGCAUUAAUAAAACUGAUGUAUUAGACUCUGACGACGACUAAAUAAAGAUGAGUAUGAAA